AAAAAGAAAUGAUACUUUUUCAAAAUGGUGGGUUUCUUGUAAAUUGUCGUGUGCUCUUUAUGUGUUAUUGUGAAUUCGUGCUAUUGUAAACAGUGAAUUUUAUAGACGAAAGCGUGAGGAUGCGUCGGAAAAGUGAGCGUACCGCCAGUAAGAAGGCAAAGGCCUCUCCUGAAGUAAAAGUUGAAAAAGCAAAGAAAACAAGAACGCGACGUAGAAAACAAUCUUCUUCAUCAGAAAAUGAUUCUCCAGAUGAAGCAAGUCCAGUGCGUGUAGCUGAACCCGUGGCGGAAGAGGAACGUAAACCACCACAAACUCCCGCCAAAGAGGAAAAUGUGGACGAGUCUCCGGAUCAAGUUUGGCAGGUUAAAACUGCUGAGGGAUCAGGCGAUGGUGGAGAAAUACAAAAACUCAAAAUUUGCUUAACACGUCCGCCAUCUACACCAGAACGUGCUGAAAGAUCGCCGCGUCAAAAAAGGAAACACUCGCGAGCUACUAGUUCCAGUGAUAACCCUAGUGAUACAUCGGAAGAAAAGAAAAAAAAUAAACACCGUUCUAAAAGAUCUUUUCGAGAUAAAGAUGGCACUGAUAAAAAUCAAGACAGCCAAGAAGAAGACCAAGACGCUGAAAAUGAAGAUAAAGAGAAAAGUGAUCAUGAAGUAUCUCAAAGUGAAACAGAGGCCAAAGUAGAGACUUCUGUGUCUACAACAAAUAAAGAAAAUAAAUCAAUUGAAGAAUCAUCCGAAGAUGCUUCAAGCAGUAUAAAAUCUAGUAAUGUCGUAGAAAUGUGUGCUUCUGUACAGGACGAUCCUGUUGCUGAUACAACUGUUGGAUCACCCAGACCUGAAACAAAUGCUUCACUCAAUAUCGACUCAGUAUCAGCUGCGGCCGCUGAAACAACUGAAGUAAACAAUGAAAAUACUGAUGAAUCCAUAAAUGAUGAAAAAACAGAGAUAACAAAUGAAGAAAAAGCUGUUGAAACAACAAAUGCUGAGUCUGUUACUGAAAAUAAUGAAUCAACAUUAGAUACCCUAAAGGAUGAAACUGUUUUAAUUGAAAAGGAGGAAACAACUGUUGCAACUACCAAAGACACAUCUCAAACAGAGAUAAAUGAAACUAAAUCCACUGACAAUAAGUCAACCAGCAGAGAAAGAAGUGAUUCUGUUGAUAAAUCAGAGGUAUUAGAAUUACAUCCAGAAGAAUCAAAAAUGGAAAUACAAGAUUUGGAGAUAAGUAAAUCAAAGGAUAUUGAAACCAGUGAGGAAUUAGAAGUAACUGUGGAUCAUAAUGCUGAGGUAAGUAUUAAAAAGGGACAAACAGACAGCAAUGAACCAGAGACAAACACUGGAAAUGCAAAAGUUAUUAAUGAAUCUGAUGUUGUAGAGAAAUCCAGAAAAACUUCAACAGAUUCUGGACAAAGCAAUGAAGUGACCAAAUGCAAUAAUGGGAAAUAUUCAUCAAACAAUAAUAGCAGCAAUAGGAAAGAUCUAGGACAGUCAGAUGAAACAACAACAUCUCAAAGUGAAAUUGUACCAAAUGGUCAAAUUGUUCCAAUUGUUGUAAAUAGGAAAAGAAAAUGGGGAUCUAGACCAAGUAAACUAACAACACAGAAGUCAAUUACUAUAUCAACUGAUGUGUUGAAGGAUAUCAUACCAAAUGUAAAACCUGUUGAAUUUGAUGAAGUUAUUGAAGAGAAGAAACAUAAAAGAAUAGAAGUUAAAGAGAAAAUUGAUCGGCCUGUCUUGCCCAAAAUUGUUAUAGAUAAUUCAGAAAAUGUUGAACAAAAGAAAAAAGAUGAAAGAAAAGAGAAUGACAAAGACAAAGAAAACGUUAAACUGAAGGAAAUGAACUCCAAUAGAAAAAUAUCGAUUAUCAAAGAAAAAGACAGUAUAAUUGCAAGACCGCCCAGUCCACCAAGGCACAAACAGUCAAAUAUACUCUUUAUCACCAAUUUAGUCAGGCCAUUUACACUAUUGCAACUCAAAAACUUACUGCAAAGAACUGGCAGGAUAGAGGAAAAUGGGUUUUGGAUAGAUAAAAUAAAAUCUAAAUGCUAUGUGAAAUAUGAAACUGAAGAUCAAGCUGUUGAAACAAGACAUGCCUUGCAUGGGGUGACAUGGCCUGUAUCAAAUCCAAAGACUUUACAUGUGGACUUUUCAACAACAGAAGCAUUUGAUAAAGCAUUGUCCAGUGAGGAAGCAGAGAGUGCUCCACCUUCGGCAAUUCCAGGAACAGUUGAGGAUUGGCUUCGGGAGCAAGAUCUGAAAAGAGAGGCAGAAGUGGAAAAGUCAUGGGAGCGUAAAGGAACUAUGAGGGAGUGGGAUGUAGGCAAAAAUGAUAAAGACAAAGAGAGAGACAAGUUGCGACGUGAAGAGCGUCCAUCUGAGAAAAGACGACAUCGGACCCCAGAAAGGAGCCCCGAACCAGCGAGAAAAUUCAAAAAGAAAGAAGAAGAGGCUCCUGCAAAAUUACUUGAUGAUUUAUUUAGAAAAACAAAAACAACUCCAUGUAUUUACUGGUUGCCACUGUCUGCUGAAACGAUUGCAAUAAAGGAAGAGCAACGUCGCCAGCACAUGGCCGAGUAUGAACGUCGCUUACUAGAGCAACGUCGGCCGCCGCCCCACCGACGUCAUUACCAGGAUGAUGAUGAUGAUUGGGCUUACUACCACCAUUGGGUCGGAAUGUGGUGGUGCGUGUUAGCCGCUGUGGUUACAACUGCAUCAAGCCAGAGCUCCUUUACUCUGGAGGAGUUCGUUACAGGACAAUUCACGCAACGAGGUUUUACCGGCGUCUGGAUUUCUGACACAGAAUUCACGUACACAAUUGCUGGUGAACCUGGUAUUCACAUGUUCAAUGUACAAACUUUGACAAGUAGUGUACUUGUUGCUGGCGAUCUUAUGGCAUUUUUGAAUACUAACAAUCCAAUUCUGUCAGCUGAUAGAGCCUACAUUCUGGCUCCUAGUGAAGUUCAACAAGUUUACCGGUAUUCAACGACAGCCAAGUUCGCCCUGUACAAUAUAGCUACAGCGACAUCCGUCGACAUCGCGAAUGGCCAACGUCUCCAGUUAUGCAUCUUCGGCGGUGGACACUCCCUCGCCUAUGUGCUUAACAACAACGUUUAUUACCUACCCGAGAACAGGAAUCAAGCUAUUCAACUUACGAAUGACGGUAUCCCCGGAGUCAUAUACAAUGGACACACCGAUUGGGUGUACGAAGAGGACGUUAUGUAUACCGGACAAGCGACUUGGUUCUCUCGGGACGGUUCAUAUCUUGCGUUUGCAACGUUCAACGAUACCGAAGUCGAGAGCUACUCGUACUACUACUUCGUGGAUAAGUCCAACCCUGACGACUUAUAUCCCGAGCUUGUUGAUCUUAAGUAUCCGAAGGUCGGUCGUACCAAUCCCACAGCAGUGCUGCGCGUGGUUAACUUGAGAGCUUUGGUUGAAAACAACAACUUUAAUUUCAUCACCGUUGAGCCCCCGGAGGAGGUGACAGCAGACCACAUCCUCGGCGGAGUGGUGUGGCCAACCGACAACGAAAUCGCGGUCCACUGGCUUAACAGACGUCAGAACAAAACUGUGUUGCGAAUUUGUAAUGUGGUCACAUGGGUUUGUGAGCAUCGUGAGCAACCAAAUGGCUGGGUACCGAUCGCGUUACCCCGCUUCAGUAGCAGAGGCGACUUCUACGUGUCUACCCGGUGGUCCUUCCCACAAGCCGAUGGUAACAUCUGGCAGCACCUGUACGUCAGCAUGAGGGUCGCCGGACAGAUCAUAUCCAGUUCGAUAACACCUGGAGCCUUCACCGUCAAUAACUUCGUCGGAAUGGAUGAACAGAAUCUAGCUUACUACUACACUCGCACGGUGACAGACAUGCCGUGGCGGACCCAGUUGCACGUUGCGGGGGCCAAUAUAGGAUGUCUGAGCUGCGAUCUGGUGUUGCCGGACGGGGGACCCUGUACGUGGGCCACGGCCACGGCCAGCCGCGGCGGAUCCUACCUCACCGUAACCUGCUCGUCGCCCAACGAGCCCUCUGCUACUUACAUCAUCAAUCCGAGGACCCGUGAGACCUUAUACGUGUGGGAGGACAACGCCAUAGUCCGUCAGCGCUUGAUCGGGAAGACUCGUCCGGGCAGCAUCAUCACGACGGUGCCACUUGAGAACGGGUUCCCGGCGCCCGUGAGGCUACAUCUGCCGCCUGGACUCGACGUUAACGACCACACUACUAAAUAUCCCAUGGUCUUCUAUGUGUAUUCGGGCCCCAACACUAAUACGGUCUUUGACACGUUCACUGUAGGUUAUCAUUCGUAUUUGACAACGAGUCGUAACAUGAUCUACAUGGUAGCCGAUGGCCGCGGCUCUGGUCUCAAAGGACAAGACAUCCUGUAUUCUCUCAACAAUGCCCUCGGAACUGUCGAAAUUGAAGAUCAUUUUGUCAUACUGAAAGAAGUGUUGAAUCGGUACGGGUUCAUCGACCGCGACCGGAUUGGCAUGUGGGGCCACAGUUACGGCGGGUACGCGACGCUCUUAACGCUCGUCCACGACAAUGACCAUAUGUUCCAGUGCGGUGUUUCAGGAGCCCCUGUUACUUCAUGGCUGUAUUAUAAUACAAUGUACACGGAACGCUACAUGGGACUUCCGACUCCAGAAGACAAUUUAUCUGGAUACGAAGCCGGUGACGUCACGCUCUUAGUCGACAAACUGGCCGGUCAUGACUUCUACAUCAUGCACGGAAACGCCGACGAUAAUGUGCACUAUCAAAACGCAGCGAAGCUUAUGAGAGCGCUGCAAGAGAAGGACAUACCUUUUGAGCAGAUGUCAUACCCAGAUGAAGCUCACAGUUUGGCGGGAGUGAAUAUGCAUCGGUACAACGCUAUGGAUCGAUACUGGACUAGGUGUUUGCGUAUGUAGUAGUUUCGUUUUAAAACAAUUUGUAGAAUAAUAAUUAAAAACGUUAUUUAGC